AUGCUCAAGGACAAGCGCGCCGCCUUCCUGCGGCAGCAGGAGCGCGUGCAGGCGCGCACCGUCGUCGACCAUGCCGCCGCCACAGCCGCCAGGCGCCAAGCCGCCCCUUCCCCCGCCGCGGCGCCGCCGGCGAGCACCGCUGUCGCGGGGGAAGUUGCGGGGAGCGGAAAGGGCAUCGCGGUGGGGUUUCAGGGGCUGCAGGCGGAGAACUGGCUGGCGGACGCGGGGAAGUACGAGGCGGUGCUGCGCGUGCGACAGCUGCCGCUGGGGCAGAAGAUCAAGAAGGUCAUCGACCUCCUCUUCCGGGAGCGGCAGGGGCUGACGGCGGAGCAGGUGGAGGCGGUGACGAUGGUGGACGUCACCACCAGCCGCGAGCUGCAGGCCAGCCUGCGUGCCAACCCCAAGGUCGCCGUGCACGGCAACACCUACAUCUACAAGGCGAAGCACGAGUUGGCGGGUCGGGACGACCUGCUGAGGCUGAUCCGCGAGCACAAGGACGGCAUCCCCAUGGGCGACGUGCGCGACUCGUACAGCGCCGUGGCGCAGCACGUGCAGGAGCUGCGCGCCAUGGGGCAGGCGUGGGUGCUGUUCAACGCGGACAGCGGCGACGAGGUGCUGUUCCCCAACGACCCGCGCAUCGCCAUCAAGGUGGACCCCGACAUCCGCGCGCUGUUCCGCCGCAUCGACCUGCCGCGCGACCUCACCGACCUCGAGAAGGAGCUGCAGCGCUGCGGCCAGAACCCCGCCAUGCCCGCCGUGCGCCGCCUGCAGGCCCUCGAAGGCGCCAUGACCGCCCAGGCUCUCCCUGGUCAGACCACACCUGAAGGUUGCCCCAGCUUCAAGCUAAUUCUUGUUGGUGAUGGCGGUACAGGAAAGACAACCUUUGUGAAGCGUCACUUAACGGGUGAAUUUGAGAAGCGCUAUGAACCCACUAUCGGUGUGGAAGUCCACCCCCUUGAUUUCUACACCAACUGCGGUCGGAUUCGCUUCUACUGCUGGGACACAGCAGGUCAAGAAAAAUUCGGCGGACUUCGCGACGGUUACUAUAUCCACGGGCAAUGUGCGAUCAUCAUGUUCGAUGUGACAUCGCGGCUUACAUACAAGAACGUCCCUACAUGGCACAGAGAUCUGUGCAGGGUGUGCGAAAAUAUCCCCAUCGUCCUCUGUGGAAACAAGGUUGACGUGAAGAACCGUCAGGUGAAGGCCAAGCAGGUCACUUUCCAUCGCAAGAAGAAUCUUCAGUACUACGAGAUUUCUGCCAAGAGCAACUACAACUUUGAGAAGCCCUACCUGUAUCUUGCCAGGAAGCUUGCUGGGGAUGCCAACCUUCACUUUGUGGAGUCGCCUGCUCUUGCACCACCUGAGGUCGCCAUUGACCUUGAACAGCAGGCCAAGUACGAGCAAGAGCUUGCUGCUGCUGCUGCACAGCCCCUUCCAGAUGAGGAUGAUGACUUGGUGGAGUAA